UGCUGUAGGGUAGCCAUGUCAUAUCAUUCCUCUUGUUUCAGUAGGUUUACAUUGAAAUUAUCAAACCCUCCAAUUUGGGUUGAUACCAAAAACCAAUGGUUUGCUUCAUAUUCACUGUCGCCCUUCCUCCUGUUUUGCAUCAUUCUGUUGAGUUUGACGCUUCCACAUUCAGUACAUUGUGUGACGUACAAAGUGGGGGUUGUAGGACCCUGGAGAUGUGACCCAAUGUUUGGUAAAGCUCUUCCAAAUGUUGCUGCCAAAUUAGCUGUUGAUCGAAUCAACAAGGAUUCCUCCUUAAGUCUUGGCAACCACUUUGAUUAUGUGAUACUAAAUGAAGGCUGUCAAACCUCCAAAGCUUUAGCUGCUUUUCUUGAGUAUUCAGAACUGGCAUCUGGAUUCAUUGGCCCUACAAAUCCGGGCUAUUGUGAACCUGCUUCUCUUCUGGGAAAAAAUUGGAAUAGAAUUAUAUUUUCGUGGGCUUGUAUAAACUAUGAACUGGACGAUACUCUGAAUCAUCCAACCUUUGUGAGAACUUUACCAUCUCCAACAAGAGUUCUCUUCAGGGUGAUGAAAAGCUUUCGGUGGGCCCAUGUAGCCAUCAUCUCAUCAACGGAAGACAUUUGGGUGGAUACAGCUGCGAAAGUGGCCAGUGCCCUCAGGAAACAGGGCCUGCCAGUGGCAGCUGUGUUUUCAAUGGACAAUGAACCAGGGAGCAUCAGGAACAUUCUAAAGAAAAUAAAAACUAUUGAGAAACUUCACAUGAUAAUCAUGUGUAUGCACUCAAUUCUUAUUGGAGGUGAGAUGCAGAAACAGCUUUUGGAAAGUGCCCAUGAUUUGCAGAUGACUGAAGGCAGCUACGUGUUUAUACCAUAUGACACUCUUCUUUACAGUCUCCCAUACCAAAACACUCCCUACCCAGUGCUGGUGAACAAUUCAAAGCUCCAGAAGGCAUACGACUCAGUGUUAACAAUCACUGUGGAUUCUGCAAAGGUGUCAUUCCAUCAGGCAUUUCAAGAGCAUGUGCAGAGCCGGGAAAUUAUAACACACUUGAAGCCUCACCAGGUAUCCCCAUUGUUUGGUACAAUCUAUAAUGCAAUUUAUUUUCUCGCCAAAGCUAUGGAAAACAAUAGAAAACACCAAGCCUGGGUCUCUGGCAGCAACAUAGCUAAGUUUGCUAAGGACAUAAGAUUUGAUGGCUUUAAUCAGAGGAUUUGGACUGACAAAAAUGGGGACAGCUUCACUGAUUAUGUAAUCCUGGACACUGAUGGAAAAGGAACUGAACUGUAUCACACAUACACCAUAGAUAUGGAAACAGAUCUAAUACGAUUGACAGGGCGAGCAAUUCAUUUUCCCAAUGGAGUCUUACCAAAAACAGAUUCUGCAUGCUGGUUUACUCGUGGGAAAAUCUGUACUGGAGGAAUUGAUCCUUUCUUCGCCAUAACAGUGCCAUUGAUGAUCAUCUUUGUGGUGCUUUUCAGUGUGGGUCUUGUCUACUGUAUAAGACGCAGAAUAAUUCAAAUAAAAUUACUGAAGGGUCCUGAUAAGAUAUUACUGACACUCAAUGAUGUAACAUUUAUAAACCCACAGCUCAGUAAGAAGGUUGAUAGUCAACUUACUGAAGGGGGACAAAGCCUAUCUGAGACCAGAAGUAAAAAAUCUCCCAUGUGGUCACUCUCAAUGAGAAGUCUUACUCCUGCCACUCAUGAAAACUCAAACGUAGCAGUUUAUGAGGGUGAUUGGGUUUGGUUGAAGAAGUUUCCUUACAAAGAAUAUGGAAAUAUUAAGCCAGGCGCAAGUGCCGUGUUUGAAAUGGUGAAAGAUUUUCGACAUGAAAACAUAAACAUUUUCCUUGGAUUCUUCUUUGACUGUGGGAUGCUUGCUAUUGUGACUGAGUUCUGUACCCGUGGAAGCCUGCUGGAUCUGCUGAGCAAUGAGGAUGUGAAAUUGGACUGGAUGUUCAAAUCAUCACUUCUGCUGGAUCUGAUCAAGGGCAUGAGGUAUCUACACCACCGAGAAUAUGUACAUGGAAACCUCAAGUCAAGGAACUGUGUUGUAGAUGGACGCUUUGUUCUAAAGGUGACAGACUAUGGAUAUAUUGAAGUGGCCAAAGCCCAGAACAUUCCAUUGAUGGAACCUCCAGCAGAAGAAUUCCUUUGGACUGCUCCUGAGAUACUACGGAAGUCUAAUCCUUUAAUGAACGGUACCUUCAAAGGUGACAUUUAUAGUUUUGCAAUCAUAAUGCAAGAGGUGAUAAUACGAGGUCCACCAUACUGCAUGUUUGAUCUGUCUGCAGAAGAAAUUAUCCAGAAUAUAAAAAAGCCCCCUCCUUUGCUCAGGCCUAUUGUUACCCAAGAUCAUGCUCCCAUAGAGUGUAUCCAGUUAUUGAACCAAUGCUGGAAUGAAAUACCUGAAAGAAGACCAUCCUUUGAUGAAAUCUUUGAUAAUUUCAGGAAUAUUAACAAAGGUAGGAAAACCAAUAUUAUCGACUCUAUGCUGAGAAUGCUUGAACAAUAUUCCAGUAAUUUGGAAGAUCUCAUAAGAGAACGAACUGAAGAGUUAGAAAUAGAAAAGCAGAAAACAGAGAAACUUCUGACACAGAUGUUACCUCCAUCAGUUUCAGAGUCCCUGAAAACUGGCUGUACUGUUGAGCCUGAAUACUUUGACCAGGUGACCCUGUACUUCAGUGACGUCGUUGGUUUUACAACUAUAUCAGCAAUGAGUGAACCUAUCGAAGUGGUCGACCUCCUGAAUGAUCUCUACACACUUUUUGAUGCCGUGUUAGAAAAUCAUGAUGUCUACAAGGUCGAAACCAUUGGAGAUGCUUACAUGGUGGUCUCUGGCCUCCCAACAAGGAAUGGUAACAGGCAUGCAGCUGAAAUUGCAAACAUGUCUCUGGAUAUCCUGAGUGCGGUAGGCACCUUUAAAAUGAGGCAUAUGCCGGAUGUGCCAGUUCGCAUAAGGAUAGGUCUGCACUCAGGUAAGGCACUCACUGUUGAAUUGUAGAAAAGCAAAUCCCUGCACAUGCUGGAAAUCCAAAAAACAGCAGCUCAGGUAGCAUCUGUGGAGAUGCCUUAUCGUAUUCAUGUCAAUCACACGACUGUUAAAAUUCUUAUAAAUCUGAAUGAAGGUUAUAAGCUGGAGCCCAGAGAAAGGACUGAACUGAUGGGCCAAGGCUUUGAGCAGACCUACUGGCUGAUAGGGAAAGAGGGUUUUACCAAGCCAUUACCGAAACCUCCAGAAUUGAAGCCAGGGCAAAAUACUCAUGGCUUGCAAAUGGAAGAAAUGGCAAGAUACAAACGAAUGAAAGCACAAAAGCAGCAAAAAACAAGUUUCCAGCCUUGACAGCCUGAAGAGAAACGAUGUGUCUAUGAAGAAGGCAACAUACAUGCAUCAUGUGGCAGCACAGCUUCCACAACAAGAGGACAAUGAUAGCUUCACAUAUGGCAACCUUAAUCUUCAUCCUCUGAUUAAAAGGCUGCAUCUGAUUA